AUGUCCACGGAGAAGAAGCGAAAGCGCGAGCGCGAUGGCUCUGCGCCUAAGACUAAGGUUGCAAAGAUUGAAGAAUCGACCCACGCCUCAAAACCUGCGAAGUCUCCAACACCAGUACCAGACGAGCCUGCGCCUGUGGCGAAGAAAACGUUCGAAGACCUGGGAGUGAUUGAUUCACUAUGCGAAGCUUGCGUAGCACUGGGGUACAAACACCCUACGCCAAUUCAAUCUGAGUCAAUUCCAGUAGCGCUUCAAGGUCGCGAUAUCGUGGGACUGGCAGAGACGGGCAGUGGGAAGACCGCUGCAUUUGCUCUUCCGAUACUACAAGAUCUCCUCGACAAGCAACAGUCCUUUUUCGGGCUUGUUCUUGCGCCGACUCGCGAACUCGCAUACCAAAUAGAGAAGGCUUUCACCGCGCUGGGAUCUCUCAUAAAUGUAAAAUGCGCUGUCUUGGUCGGAGGCAUGGAUAUGAUGGCACAGUCUAUUGCACUAGGCAAGAAACCACACAUCAUCGUCGCGACGCCUGGUAGACUUCUAGAUCAUUUAGAGAAUACCCGCGGCUUUUCCCUUAAGAAUCUUAAGUACCUUGUCAUGGACGAAGCAGACCGCCUCCUCGACCUCGACUUCGGCCCUAUCCUAGACAAGAUAUUGAAGGUUCUUCCAAGAGAAGGUCGCCAUACAUAUCUCUUCAGUGCAACCAUGUCGUCCAAAGUCGAGCAACUCCAGCGCGCAUCCCUACAUAAUCCCAUCAAAGUAUCGAUCUCAAAAUCUUCACAUCAGACCGUCGAAACACUACUCCAGUACUGGAACCUCAUUCCACACAAGUAUAAAGAUCUCUACCUCGUUCAUAUGCUCUCAGAGGCUAUCGGACAUACCGCAAUCGUGUUUACUCGGACCGUCAACGAAGCCCAUCGUAUUUCCAUCCUACUGCGCUCACUUGGCAUCUCAGCAAUCCCGCUUCACGGUCAAAUGUCCCAAUCCGCCCGUCUCGCAUCACUCAACAAAUUUCGCUCACGAGGGCGUGAUAUCCUUGUCGCUACCGACGUCGCCGCACGUGGUCUCGACAUUGAGAAUGUCGACCUCGUUGUCAACUUUGACCUCCCGCAAGACUCGGAGACUUACGUGCACCGUGUUGGUCGCACAGCCAGAGCAGGGAAGAGCGGUAAGGCGGUGACGCUGGUCACUCAGUACGACAUCGAGCCGUUCCAACGCAUUGAGAUGGCACUCGGCAAGAAAUUGCCCCAGGCGACGGUGGAAAAGGAUGAGGUCAUGGUGUUGAGUGAGCGAGUCGGCGAGGCGCAGAGGGAGGCUGUACGCCAGAUGAAGACCCUACAUGAGGAUAGAGGGAAAAAAGGCGCCGCUAUGAGGGGUAGAAGGAAAGGUGGCGGGAGAGAUGCUAUGGACAGGGACGAGGGGUAG